AUUUCAUUAAAUAUCUAAAUACUUUUAAUUAUUUAUUUACAAUCUCUUUAUUUGUAUUUAGGCUAAGAAAUAUCCAACAAAAUACAAAGCAUUUCAAGUAUUGUAUGGAAUAUCUCAAAAUCCAGAUACAGGAGAUUAUAUUCUGGUUCUUAAUUGUACAAGUGGAAAUAAAAAAAUUGAUAAUUGCAUUCAAGAAAUGCGAUUAAAAAUAAAUGACUAUAAUGAAAUAGUAUUUGAAUGGAUACCAUACAGUCAGUUUAGUAAUAUUAAGAAAAUAGGUGAGGGUGGCUUUUCUACAGUAUAUUCUGCAAAAUGGAAGGAUGGCCCCUUAGAAUAUAAUGUAGAUAGAAAAUUAUAUAAUAGGAAUCCAAAUAGAGUAAUUGCCUUGAAAUGUUUACAUAAUUCCCAAAAUAUUACUGAUAAAUUUUUAAAUGAGGUUAAGGAAUACUCAAUAAAUAAAAGUAGUAAUAUUCUUAAUAUAUAUGGAAUAUCUCAAAAUUUAGAUACAGAAGAAUAUGUUAUGGUUCUCCAAUAUGCAAAAGAUGGAAAUUUUAAUCAUUGGAUAAAUGAAAAUUGUGUAUAUUUUAGAUGGGAAGAUAAAUUAUCUGCAUUGCUUAAUAUUAUUAAUGGUCUUAAAGAAAUUCAUCAAAAAAAUUUAGUUCAUCGUGAUUUUCAUACAGGAAAUAUAUUAUUAUUGCAUAUUAUAAAUGAUUUUAGUAAUUGUAUAUCGAUUUCAGAUAUGGGCUUAUGUGGAGAGGUUGAUAAUAUAGAUGAAACUAAAAUUUAUGGAGUCAUGCCUUAUGUCUCUCCUGAAGUAUUAAGAGGAAAACUUUAUACUCAAGCAGCAGAUAUCUAUAGCUUUGGUAUGAUAAUGUAUUUUGUAGCAACUGGAAAACAACCCUUUUACAAUCGUGCACAUGAUCAUUGUCUUGCAUUAGAUAUUUGUAAUGGAGUCAGACCUGAAAUAAGUGAAACGGAAGCACCAAAAUGUUAUAUCGAGUUAAUGAAAAAGUGUUGGGAUUCAAUCCCAAACAACAGACCAAAUAUUUUUGAGAUAGAUAAAUUAAUCACAUCAUUUCAUAUUUCAUAUAAAAGAGAUACUUUCAUAGUAGAAAAUGAAGAAAUUGAAAUGCAAUUUAAGAGAGAAGGUUUUUUCAUAGAAGAAAAUGAAGUAAUUGAAGUGCAAUUCAAGAGAGAAGAUUUUUUCAUGGAAGAAAUUGGAAUGCAAUUCAAGAAAGCAGAAGAAUAUAGAGAAGCAAAUUCUAUAUCCACUAAAAAUUAUCAAAUAACUACCCAUCCACAAGCUAUUUAUAUAUCUCGAUUACUUAAUUCCUUUACAAAAGAUCUUCCAAAAUAUGAUGAUGAUGACCAUUCUCAAUGUUUAGACCAUGUGAUCUAACUCCAGUAUGAAAUCCAAAUAAAGUAUAUGAUUAUAAAAUUUUGUUUAAUAAAAUUUAUUUACUUAUAUAUAUUUGUAUAACUUCUAUUUUAUAAUUAAUAUAUAGUUUUGUCCAACACUGUUUAUAGUUAGUAUGUAAGCGUUUUUUUUUACAUAAUAAAGUCAGUUUGUAAUUGGACAUAUUAAAUAUAAUA